UCGAUCACACGGAAGCUAAGUACGAGCUCCCAACUUUCUCCGUGGGCUAACAAUUCAACUAAUGGGCCAAGAGAGAACGAAAGGAAAAAAAAAACAGCAAAGACAGGGAAGACGGAAGAAGGCCUGUCGGCGACGAACGACGAUUUGUACAGUCGCCGAGAGGUGCGGACAAAGUGAAAUGGCAAGAAAUCAUCACAAGGGAAAGUGAGGAGUGCAGGCCAGCCAGCAGCCAUCGUCCAGAAUCGCCACCGAGCCAAGCAAACCUCCGCUUCCCCAGCUGCCUUCCCACCCAGCCAAGCAAAGCAAGCUCCCAACCAAGCUGCUGCUGCCGAGCCAGGCCCUCAAAUCAAAACCCAGGCAGAGGCAGGAAUCGCCGCCGGCGGGAGCAAAAAAGCAUCAUCCCAGGAUCGGAUCCCCGGAUCCGCGGCCCGUCCAUGGCGGAUCAGGACGCGGCGGAGGCGGCGUGGCCCCCUUGGACCUCCCUCCUGCUGCGGGCGCUGAGCCGGCGGCGGACCUGGGUGGCGCUCUUCCUCGCCGUGUACGCCGCGCUGCUCUCCUCGUCCUGGAGCCUGCUGGCCUCCGUCCGCGCCUGGUACUACUCGGCCUCCUCCGCCGCCGCCGCCACCACAGCCGCCUCGUCCUCGGCGCUCCCGGCGUGGCCCGCGGCGCUGUACGCGUCGGUGAUGUACGGCGCCGUGUUCGGGCUGCUCUCCAUGGGCGCCGCGCUGGCCGUGGCGGCGCCCGCGAUGCUGGUGACGUGGAUCACCGUGCUGGUGCUGCUGGCGUUCGCGGGCCGGCCCCGGCGGUCCCUCGUCGCGGAGGGCCGCCGCGCCACGCGGGACAUCGCGGGGCUCGCGCUCCGCGUGCUGCUGCGCGAGGGCAACGCCGUCGCCGCGCUCUGCGCCGCCGCGAGCUUCGCGGCUCUCCUCCUCGGCCGCCGCGACGACGACGACAGCCCCUGACCAGCAGCUGUAGCUGUAGGCAGGCUUCUUCUCAAGCUAGAUUUCCCCCACCCACCCCAAAUUUCUUCUCUCUUUUUUCUCCCCUUCGCAUGUGUUGGCUAAUUUGUUCGUUACAGUUAUUACUAGGGGUAAAUAUUUUUUUAUCACACGAGGUUGUUUUAGUUUAGUGUUAGCUUUGCUUUGCGCGUCGGCGUGGCAUCUUUUGCCCAAACUGCCGUGCGCGUCACGCGGGGGACAGCUAGAAAGCCGAGUGCUGUGGUGGUGACUGUAACAGAAGCUGCUGGGCGCCGGAGAAAAGAAAACAGAGCCGGUCUCGGUGCUGAUGUAAUAAUGUACUAGCCUUCUUCUUCCUACCAGAAUUUAACGGAUUAUAAGGUGUGCGUACCUAGCAUGCAGACAACUGCAAGACCUCAAGUGGCUCAUUUUGAUUCCGCUGUAAAAUUCGUUCCUUUUCGUCUUC